AAAGGCACUUGCGUCAUAGAACUUGGUUGGAUUCAUAAAGCCCACUAAGAACAAGGCAGGUGCGUUCCAGAACUGGUGGCGGAACAAAAAAAAUUUGUAUGAGGAAAGAUUCAGCGAAAAAUGAUAUUUUUCGAGAGGCAUUGCGACUUUUCUUCCCAAACGGCGAAAGCCAAAAAGGAAACUUAAGCGAUUUUAAAACGGAUCUAUGGGACUUUUCCGAAAGAGUAGCGAAAGAAUCCAUGACAAUACAAGAAAUAGCUAUGACAAUAAGUGGUCUCGAAGAACUUCCUGAUAUUGAGAAGGACGAAUUUGAACAUUUUGAAGCUCCUGGCCUCCCUGAAAGGAUGGCCGUGGCGGAAAUGGAUGAUCUUGGUGGGGAUGAUCUACCUGAGCUUUUCUCUGAUACAGAAACACGGAAUGUACAAGCUGAGCCUAGAGCCUACAGAAAAUGUAGAUGUGAAGGAUAUCCAAAUACGGGUACACAGAGGACAAAGGAAAUGGCACAUAAGGAAAUCAUCCAAGCCCCAAUGUUUGUUUGCGACUGUUUCCAUCCCGUCGUGAAAAAUCUCAUGAAUUCAGAUGAACUGGAGAAAGCGUAUAAUAAACUGACCCCGACAGGAAGAGGCGUGAUACGUAUCAUGUUCUCCCCUGAAAACAUGUCUGCGGAUGAAUUAAGCACAGCUAAUCACCUGAAACGAUUUGUUAAAGAACUCACCUCCGACAAAUUGAAAAGGUUUCUUAGAUUUUGUACGGGAUCGGAUCUUGUAGCGGUUGACAAGAUUACUGUCAAUUUCGUGAAUGUGACCGGUUUAGCCAGGCGCCCAGUGGCCCACACUUGCGGCUGCCUCUUGGAACUUUCAAAGACAUUUUUCAGUUUCCCCCAAUUUCGCUCUGAGUUUAACUCUGUUCUAGAUUCGAAUUAUUGGGAAAUGGACUUUAUCUAAACGCGGAAUGAUCUAUUGUUUCUGUCAUACGAUGAUCCGUUGAUUGUUUAUGUGACAUUUUGAUAUGUCAAAGAGCAUUCUGAUAGUCAGUGACAUAG